AGUACAAUGAAGACAAAAUUAAUAAUAUUAAUAAAAUACGAUUUUAAGUGUAAGGAAUCGGCAUUUAUAAAAUGUUUAGAGAAAUAAUCUUUGUAGUUUAAUAGAAAUAUUUAAUAAAAAGAAAGCAUGAAAAUAAAAAAAAAAAGAAGGAAUAGAAAAAACGCAUGCGCAAAAAAAAGGAUACCGACGGAGUAUUUCAGAGAAGAGCAGCAAAAGUUUCCGGGAUGAAACUUCUAGGAUGACAAAGCCUCUGUGAACCUUUACCCUGUUCCUUUCUUCUUCUUUCGGUAAGAUACGGCAGUAAUACCGGUGAAACGCCGAGAAUAGACGAAAAAGGAGAAUAUUUUUUUAAAAGAAAAGGUACAUAAAUGCUGUUAUCAAGCAUUGCAGGGAGAAGCGCAAGUAAACGCGAUAUGAACGCGUCGUUGUGAAUGGCGCUUCUAGUGACAAAGGUGGCUGAGGGAGAUUUUACAUUUCACAUAAGAUGUAAACUGUGUUUAAAAUGGAUGUUACAAAGAAAACUUCUGUUCGUUAAUUAAGUUGGACUUUUUCUUCAUUUUUCCGUCUGACCUUCGUUAACGAUUUAACGAAAAGAUGGAGAUAAAGAGGAAAGAAAAAACGACGAUUCCAAUCGGAUCCCGGUACGAUCGUCUGUAAAAUCCUGCGUAACAUCACGACGGUUCGUUCGCAGAGUGGACAACCAUUCCGCAACAACCGCGAUGCAUGAUCUUAUGCGUUAGUGGUGAGUGUCCGUAUCGCGUGUGCGUGUCUAUCCAUGUUGGCAAAUUGAGGAUGCAACAUAGACAUUGUGUUGUUCCUCACGGUCGUAUUCAUGAAUAUGUGCGUUUAUUACAUCUGUAUAAAUUCUUUGUCCAAAAACCACUUUAUUUUCGUGAUAGAAUGUGGUUUGAGUUCAUAUUACUACUUUGACACGAUGACACGAUUACGCCACCAAAACGUGAUUCUUCUGUGAACGGAAACUUCUGAACCAGUUUAUACGUUUAUUGGUGUGAUUAGACAAAACUUGUCGAUUAUAAAGCAAUUAGAUCAACGGAUUCCAUGGAGCACUCGAGAGAUUUUUAUCGAUGCUAACUUUAUUCUUUAGAAAUUCACCGUAACUGGGAGUGCCGCUAGAUCGUAGUUGAACAUGCUCCGAAAGGACUGGAGUGAAUUUUACGUUACAUGCGAGAAAAGAUUGUUUUUUUACUUUUCAAAAGUAAUAUGGUAUCUCGAACGAUUUCUUUAAAAUCUGAUGCAAGUCUCCUAUAAACGAUAUGUGAACAUUAAAUUAAAGAGAAGAUGGACAAUGUAUCGGUGAAACUGGCGUGAAAAUGUACCGCGGUGUUAAGUGGCCUCUGUGAUGUAUUAUAAACGGUGCUUAACCUAACUUUUCAUCGACGCUUCUACACGGCGUUUUCUUGCGACAAUGGUCAUGGGCAAUCUUGUCAUUUUGUUAUCAAGAAGAAGUGGAGACUGAAAUUAUUGGAACUGAGGGAGGGAAUUUAAAAUUCAGUCAGCCAAGUAUGUCCAACACUAUCAGUAAUAUGAAGAUGACCAACCGUAUCAAGGGAAUGGUGAGCAAACGUCGUAGGCGUUUCACAGAAGAUGGCUUUGACCUUGAUCUCACAUAUAUAAGAGACAACUUAAUAGCAAUGGGUUUUCCAGCUGAAAAGUUAGAAGGAGUGUAUAGGAAUCACAUAGAUGAUGUUGUUAAACUGUUGGAAUCUAGGCAUAAAGAUCAUUAUAAGAUUUACAAUCUAUGUUCAGAGAGAUCUUAUGAUUUUAAGAAAUUUAAACAAAGGGUAGCUACAUAUGCGUUUGAUGAUCAUAAUCCACCAAUGUUGGAUCAAAUCAGACCAUUUUGCGAAGAUGUGCACGAAUGGCUUUCUCGUCAUCAAGAAAAUGUAGCUGUCGUACACUGUAAGGCUGGUAAAGGUCGGACGGGUGUAAUGGUGUGUUGUUACCUCCUUCAUACUAAACAAUUUCCCACUGCCACAGAAGCCCUUAAUUACUAUGGAACUAAAAGAACACACGAUAGGAAGGGGGUAACAAUACCUUCACAGAGGAGGUAUGUGGAUUAUUAUGCUACUCUUGUACAAGAAGGACUAGAUUAUCAACCGGUUACAUUGUUGUUACGAAAAAUACAAUUGGAUCCAGCACCUAUUUUUCAUGGAGGUCAAGGAUAUUUGCAUUGCGUAAUAUCGGAAUCUAAGAAAAAAAUAUUUAGCUCUGAUAUAGUAGAAGUACGAAAAGGAAUGCACACAGUCAGCAUCCCUUUAAAACACAGCAUAGCACUGACGGGAGAUAUACGAGUGGAUUUCUUCAAUAGACCAAAAAUGAAGCGAAAGGAAAAAUUGUUUCAUUUUUGGUUCAAUACAUUCUUCGUACGAGACUACUUAUCGCCGGAAUACGAUAAUGGAGAGUUACCAGUUGAGCGUUCAACUAGGGCAUUGAGUUGCGAUGGUGCAACUAUGGAAUUACCAGUGGUUAUGUCGCACAUGAAACCCAGAGCUGGAUCCUUAGCUAGUCUCGGACCUAUGCCACCUACUCUUGUUUUAAGUAUAGAUAAAUGGGGUCUGGAUGACGCACACAAGGAUAAACAUCACAAAGUGUAUAGCGCUGAUUUUAAAGUUAGCUUAUUUAUGCAUCGGAUGGGUGGUAAUAUAUCGCAAACUGUAUCAGCGACAACAAAUAGAACAGGAGAGGGUAUACAAAUAGGAAUGGGAGGACAAGAUACCCCGAGCGAAUCAAGCGAAGCGGAUAGCAGUGAAUGCGACACAACUGGUGAUACGACGGGAGAUGAAGAUGGGGAAUCUGGUGAGUCUUCUGCAUCUCUGGUGGUGAAUCACCAUCUUCUUACACACAGCAGUAGCCGUACACACGUUAGUAUCCACCAAAGAGCUAGUCUCAGAGAAACUGCAAAAGGUUUACUCUCGCAUGGGGAUAAAAGUAGAAGUAGUCAUCGGCAAAGCACUGGCAAUGUGAAACGUUCUUCAGCUCUCAUACGUUCGGCCACGUUAGACACAUAAAAAAAAAUAUAUAUAUUUGUAUAUGUAUAUACACGUACAUAUGUAUAUAUACAUAUAUUUAUCGUAUCUUGUACUUAAACGCUGAGUUCUCUGAACUGGCAUUCGAGCUUUACAAUGACUUUAUGUGAAACUAGGUCGUGCUAUUAGUUUCUUUUUGUUAUGCUAGCAUGAAAAAUUAGCAUUCGAUAAGUUCUUAAAUGCAUCGAUUUUAUCUAACGUCCUCUGAUAAUGAACAAUAAUAUGUGUCUAUAGAAAGAUUUAGGCUGAUCAGUUUCGAAAGAUAAGAAGACUUAAAAAAAACACUUUGGUAGAGAAUUUUUAUGAAAUCAGUAGAAUAUCAGAAUAUUUCGAUACUAUUCCUUCGGUAAGAUAACAUUUAUCGAAUGAAUGUUUAAUGUUUUGUUGUAGUUCUAAAGUUAUAAUUAAUCAAAGUUAUUGAUUCUACAUCUAACAAAUGCUUUUGAUAUUGAUAAUAUAUCUGAGAUAGUCGAUACUAAGUAGAUUCCAUCGAAUGUCCCGAAAUAAAAGAACUGCAAAUUAAGAUAUUGUAUAUUUUUGCAUAGCAGAUAUUGUUUGCAAAAUAUUAAGAUGUUUCAGUAUUCAAGAUUCAAGAUUACGAUCUUUUUUUCUGAAUAGAAAUUAUUGGAUAUUUAUUAUUAAAAAUUAUUGAAAAAAAAUUAAUCUCUAUUAUGACUACCAUGUACGUUCCAUCUAUUUUUCAUUAGAUUUCCUGAAGUAUUUUGUUUCGAUGACUGUUUAUUUUAACUGUCUGAAGUAGUAAAAUUUGAUGUAUGUGUGUGAAUAUACAUAUGUACAUACGCACACGCGCGCACGCGUGCCCACGCACAUACACACAACAAACAAAUAAGAGAAUUCUUAGUGUUGAAGAGAAAGUGCCGUCUUUUGCGUUUAUGCAAUUAUGUAAUCACGUACUAUGUACGAAACUAGUAUUUGUUUUGUAAUUGUAUGACAAAGCCAACUUAUAGAAAAUAAUUGACUAAUGCAAUAAGUACGGGAGUAAGAAGCGCGACAAUUUGUAAUCGUAACAUUUUACCGUUUGUACUUGUAUUCGACGUGGCAUUAUGAAACAGAUAAAUAACUUAAAUGUAUCCUGAUUGCCUUAUACAAUGUGAUGAUCGUUAACAUUUUGGAAAUAGCAAAACUAAUUCGCAUAGAUUUGAUUAGAAGGUUGUAGCCAAAAUUUGUAAGAUAACAAAUGUACAGAAAAUUUAAUUCUUUCAAUUUUGUAAUAGAAAUAUGUUAUAGAUUAACAGGCUGUGCAAUUUUUUAAAGUUGUAAUUCUUGAUAUCUUGCAAACACGAUUUUCAUAUCGAUGACAAGAUACAUCUAAUUUCAAUUAUGUUAUCGUGUUCUAUCGAGCAAAUUAUCGUGUGUGAAUCUUUGUUACUGCGGUACUAGGAUUAUAUCGUGUGCAAAUAUUCAAAAAUUACCUAAUCGAAUAAUGUUACCUUAAGGAUAUUAACUUCUUUCUUUUACAUAAUUACAUGUAAUUUGAGAGAAGUGUUUUAUUAUUUUUUCUUUCUAUUCGUUUGCUGUUUUUUAAAUUAUUAUUAUUUUUUUUUUUUAUGGGUACAAAGUUACACGAAAAAUUCGCGACAAAUGUACACAGAAAUAUUUAGCGAAACCUCGUAAAAUUCAGUUUUAAAGAAGCGGUCUUAAAACUGAUAUUUUACGUUUGUUGAAUUAUAGUGCAACCACUGAAAUGUCGUCCGUAUCGAAUAUCGAUUCGGAAAUUGUGUAUUGAGUUACAGAUUUGUGGUACGAAUAAUAAUAGUUACAUACAAAUUAAAUAUAUACAUGUCGUAAUAAAUUUACGAGAAUAAGACUUGCGAAAUGGCAUUCAAAGAAAGAAUUGCAUACAUUGCAAAAUGAAUUUGAAAACGAUCUAAUACUGAUUUUACUAAUUAAUUAUUUUUCUAUUAGAUAUACAUAUACAUAUACAUAUACACAUAUAUAUACAUGUAUAUAUAUAUAUGUUGUGUAUAUACAUAUAUAUAUAUAUACAUAUAUAUGUAUAUAUAUAUAUAUAUAAAUAUAGGUUUUACAGAUUUUCGUACAGCUACGCAGUCAUAAUUCAAACGUAUAUGGAUAUGAUUACGAAGCGGAUACGUAUACUGUUAGGUAGCAAUAAAUUGUCGAUAAAUAAAUUAGUAUUGAAAGUUGUUACUUGAUACGUACACAAAGUUUCCUUACGAGACUCUAUUCGCUCCGUUUUCAUUUCCUACUUACCUAUUACCUCUAAAUUUACUCACGUCAAAGUCGCAACGAUCUUUCUUUAUGUUCAAUCACACACAUUCGCGUGUUCACUUAAUUGUUAUCAUUAAUCUGCAAUUUUUCAUCUAUUCGCUCAUUAUCAAGCGUGAGAAGAGUUUUUCUCACAUUUCUUUUUUUCUUUUUCUUCCUGUUUUCUUUUUCUCCCGUUUCUCUUUUUUAAGUUGUAAAAAAAAAAUUGAACGCGAUCAGAAAUUAUGAAAUUUAUUAUUAUUUAGAAAAUGAUCCAUUUUUCUUUCGACUACUUACGCAUUUGAACAUGUGAUGAAUUAAAAUCUCUACGUAUGAUACGACUAUGUAAAAAUUCAUAAGGUCUUAUUAGAGUAAAAUAGAAAACUUACGAAUAUUUCGGUGAAACUUAUAUGUUAUUGUUGUUAAUAAUAUAAUUACAUUAUCGAGAAAAGCAUAAUAGAGGUACAUAAAGUUUCAAACAACAUGGAAUUCUGAUUAUGAAUAGUUAAUACUUAUAAAUAGAAAGAUAUCUUUGAAGCUGUUAAUAUACGGUGAUUUUAGACUUUUAUAUAUGUUAGUUUUGUAAAUACGUAGUUAAUAUUAUUAUAAUUGAACAAUUCUCUAACCACCAGGGAUUAGAUAUUCGGAUGAUUGUCAUUCUUUGAAAAUUUCAUCGUUUGUCAAUAUGUAGUUCCUCUCUGAAUUGUUCUUAUAGAUUGUAGUACUUGUACAUGUUUAGUAAUUUUCAUGAUUAACAUUAUAUUUAUCGUGUCAUGCAUGAGUAUGCAAAAGAUAGAUGAAGCCUGGCAAUUUUUAAUAUUUAGAAUGCAAAUAUUCAAAAUUUUAUCUUGUUUUUUGGUGUAUGUUUAGGAAUAUUAUAUCAAAACCUUGAUACAUUGUAAUUUUACACUGAUUUUUGUAUCACUGCAUGUUGGUAGUUAAUAAUAACCAUAGUUAUCGGAUGUCUGUAAUAUUUUAAAUUCGUGAAAUUGGUACAUCUCUAUUACAUAUUCUGUAAUGAUUAUUUUGUGAUACUAUUAUACUUAUGAUUAUUAAUUAUAUCGUUGCUAUAUCUUUGUAUGUACUCUUAUUAUUAAUUAUUACUAUUAUUAUCAUUAGUUAAUAUUGUUAUUAUUAUUAUCGUUGUUGUUGUUGUUAUUAUUAUUCUACUACUAUUACUACUACUACUGCUACUACUACUACUACUGCUACUACACUACUACUACUACACUACUACUACUACUACUACUACUACUACUACUACUGCUACUGCUACUACUACUACUACUACUACUACUACUACUACUACUACUACUACUACUGCUACUACUACUACUACUGCUACUACUGCUACUACACUACUACUACUACACUACUACUACUACUACUACUACUACUACUGCUACUACUACUACUACUACUACUACCGCUACUGCUACUACUACUACUACUACUACUACUACUACCACUACUACUAUUAUUACAUUUCAUUUCUACUUCUGUUACUUUGAUCCAUUAUCAUCAUCAUUAUCAUUAUCAUCAUCAUCAUCAUCAUCAUCAUCAUUAUCAUCAUUAUCUUUAAUACUGCAACUGCUACUGCUGUUUUAUCGUUAUGUUAAUACCACCAUCAGAGACAUCAUUAUUAUUAUCAUUAUUAUAUUACUAUUACUACUACUACUGUCACCAUCACUACUGCUACUACUAUUACUGUCAUUACUAUUACCGCUACUACCACCACGACCACCACCACCACUGCUGCUACUACUAUUACUGCUACUACUGCUACUACUGCUACGACUACUGUUACUACUACUACUGCUACUGCUAUGACUACUGCUACUAUUACUGCUACUGCUAUUACUACUACUACUAUUAUUAUUAUUAUUAUUAUUGUUAAUAUUUCAAACAAAAUAUUAGCGAUUUUUAAGCGUAUAAACGUAUAUUUAUAUCUCAAAUGUAUUCCUGUAACAAAUAUUUUAUGGAUGAUGUUACACAUGCAUUACAGUUUUAAAUAGUACACUUUUAGAACUUUCUAUAUACUUACGUCUUCCGAUUCUCUGUAAUAUGCAAACUUUACUUCAAAACUCUUACUACAAAAAAUUUUGUUCAUUACAUACUUGCUUAUGGUUCCCCACCCUUUUAUAUUUAUCUAUGUACUACUUCUCCUUUCUAUUUAUAAAAAAUAAAAUAUGUACAUCGUUUGUAACGCUUU